ACGGCGCGCUCGGCUCACACUGUCCCGCCGCAGACGGGCUUUGUGGCUGUGCGUGCGCGAGUGUGAGUGUGACUGCGCGCGCGCUCGCCCGUGCCGGGUGUGGGUGGGUGUGCGUACACGCGAGCCGGCCUGCGGGAGGCGAGGCUCUCCGGGCCUCCUUUACCAGCCGGUUGACCGAGCCCCGGGAGGGAAGUGGCCGCAGCCGCCCGGGCCGCCGGCUCUCCUGUCCCUCGGCCAGGUACACAGUUUCUCCUAGUAUGACCUCGAUCUGAUCAGCAACCACGAGAAUUCGACUCCUGUGUCCUGCACCGUAGUGCUGGGGCCUGAUCACCGUCCACACUGUAGAGCUGUCAUGGCUGCUGCCUCUACUUCCACCCCUGUCAUUUCACAGCCCCAGUUCACAGCCAUGAACGAACCACAGUGCUUCUACAAUGAGUCCAUUGCCUUCUUUUACAACCGAAGUGGGAAGUAUCUUGCCACAGAAUGGAACACAGUCAGCAAGCUGGUGAUGGGACUUGGAAUCACUGUCUGUAUCUUCAUCAUGUUGGCCAACCUACUGGUCAUGGUGGCAAUCUAUGUCAACCGCCGCUUCCAUUUUCCUAUUUAUUACUUAAUGGCUAAUCUGGCUGCUGCGGACUUCUUUGCUGGGUUGGCCUACUUCUAUCUAAUGUUCAACACAGGACCCAAUACACGGAGAUUGACCGUUAGCACAUGGCUCCUCCGUCAGGGCCUCAUUGAUACCAGCCUGACAGCAUCUGUGGCCAACUUACUGGCCAUUGCAAUCGAGAGGCACAUUACGGUUUUCCGCAUGCAGCUUCACACACGGAUGAGCAACCGGCGGGUGGUGGUGGUCAUUGUGGUCAUUUGGACUAUGGCCAUUGUUAUGGGGGCUAUACCCAGUGUGGGCUGGAACUGCAUCUGUGAUAUUGACAAUUGUUCCAACAUGGCACCCCUCUACAGUGACUCUUACUUAGUCUUCUGGGCCAUUUUCAACUUGGUGACCUUUGUGGUAAUGGUGGUUCUCUAUGCUCACAUCUUUGGCUAUGUUCGCCAGAGGACUAUGAGAAUGUCUCGGCAUAGUUCUGGACCCCGACGGAAUCGGGAUACCAUGAUGAGUCUUCUGAAGACUGUGGUCAUUGUGCUUGGUGCCUUCAUCAUCUGCUGGACUCCUGGAUUGGUUUUGUUACUGCUAGACGUGUGCUGUCCGCAAUGUGAUGUUCUGGCCUAUGAGAAAUUUUUCCUGCUCCUCGCGGAAUUCAACUCCGCCAUGAACCCCAUCAUUUACUCCUACCGCGACAAAGAGAUGAGCGCCACCUUCAGGCAGAUCCUGUGCUGCCAGCGCAGCGAGAGCCCCAGCGGCCCCGCGGAAGGCUCAGACCGCUCAGCUUCCUCCCUCAACCACACCAUCUUGGCUGGAGUGCACAGCAACGACCACUCUGUGGUUUAGAAAGGAAGCUAAGAUGAGGAGCCCGCCAUCCUCCGUUGAAGGAUGAACAGCCUCCCCCUACCCAAUUGCCAGGGCAAGGUGGGGUGUGCGAGGAGAAAAAUAAACUCAUGUACUUAAACACUAACUAACCGAUGACAGUAUUUGUUCCUAGACCCCACGAGACUUGAUAUGUAUUGAAAAUUAGCUCAUGUGACAACCCUCAUCUUGGUCCCCACUCCUUCUAAAAGUAGAAAGCGGAGUUCUUGCAAUGGAAUUCAAGAAUAGACUCCGGAGUGUCCAUUUAGAUGACGCUAACUAAAAAGAUCGUGUGUGGUUUGGUGCAAGUCAGAAUAAAAUCUGACUAGUUGAAUCCACAACUUCAUUUACAUGCAGGCUUCCCUUUUUUUACUUAAAGGAUACAUUUCACUUAAUAAACAUGUUUAUGCCUAUCAGCAUGUUUGUGAUGGAGAAGACUGUAGACUGUUUAUAAACUACCGUUAAUUCCAUUUUUUUCCUUAUGUAGGAAAACUGUAAAUUAGAAUUAUUUUGUUUAGAAAGCAUGCAUGUAAUGUAUGUAUGCAGUAUGCCUUACUUAAAAAGAUAAAAAGGAUACUAAUUUUAAAUCUUCUAGGAAAUAGAAGAACCUAGAUUUCAAAGCCAGUAUUUGUUUAGGUUAUGAAGCAAACAAUGUUCUAAUCACAAUAUUAACUUUUUAUUAAAGUGUUCUAACAGGCGUAAGACAGGGAAUGUAAGUUUAUUACCAAAAGAAUAUGUAUUCGAAUAAAGUCAUAGAAGAUGAAGUGCAGUAAUAUCAUUCCUCAUGUAUUUAAUAUACCCAGGUACAUUCUAAUCACCAGUACAUCAGAGGAAAUUUUUUUGUAGCCUGUUUUUCUGAAUUAUGAAAUAAUACACACUAAUUAUAGAAAACUUGAAAAAUGCAGAAAUGUAUAAAAAAGCAAAAAAGAUUACUGAUAAUCAUAACCCAGAAGUAACCACCUUUAACAUCUCCCCCAUAUAUGUCUAUAUGUAUAUUGUAUACUUUUUAACAUAAUUGGGAUUAUACUGUAAACAGUUUUAUAACUAGAUUUUUUUUCAUUGCAGAAUUGCCACAUUUCCUAUGGCAUUAAAAAUUUUACAAAAACAUAAUUUUAAUGGCUAUAUUAUAUUCCAUUUAAUGGAUGCAACUCAGUUUAUUUAACCAUUCCCAUAUUGUUGACUAUUUAGGUUAUUUUAAAUUUUUACUAUUAUAAAGUUGCAAAAAUUUUGUGUACAUAAAACGUUGUCUGUAUAAUUGAUUAUUUACUUAGGAUAUAUUCCCAUGAAGGAUUUUUUUAAAAAUGUGAAAUGUCUGAUUACACUUUUACCUUCAUAAAAAGGGAUUUCCUGCUUUUGCACUGCAUGGGUGGCAGUUGUGAGGAAAACCAGUUAAAUUGCCUUUUUACAAAAAAAAUGCAGUGGUUACUUCAGUCAAGAGUGACUUUUUAAUAUAGCAAGAUGGUCUAGAAACAGUCAACUGUCAAAAUAACCAAGGCACUCUAAUAUAUCUAGCAAUUCCAAAUUUUGUUUGAGGUCCCAGUUAUCCAGCUAUUGGUAGCCACACCUGCAAUGUAGAAUUGAAGAAAAUGCAAAGAAAUCAAACGUGCCAAGUGAAUAAAUGAUUGUCAU